AUGACAGUGAAUAGUGACUCUGCGUCUGGUGUAGUGUGCAAGGCAAUGCAUCAACCUCUUUUAAGUGAAAAAGACACUUGUGCUAUUAAAAUUCUAAGGCGGCAAUCUGUCACCAACACCGACUUGCCGUACGCUCUGGCUACUUUUACCCACACUGAAGUGACUUUUCCCCACCUACUACGAGGUGCAGGUUCGCAGUCGGACGUGCGCGUGACAGCUGCCCGCAGCGUGAGGAGCGCGCCCGCCCGCCUGUAUCCGCAGAGGGCUGCCGCGGCCGCCCGCAGUACGCCAGGCACUCGGCAUCGCGCCGCGGGGAACCGGACGCGGCUUCCCGAAGCAAUUUCCGGCGCACCUGUCCCGGCCGAUCGGCCGGUUAUCCGCCGGCCCGCCUCCGCCUCCGGCUCCGCCCCCGCAGCCGCCGCCCCCGUUUUACAGCCGCCGCCACUGACUUUACGAGCCGCCGGCGGGGCUCCACUCACGACCGCGUCGCCUGCGUCCCCACCCCCACACCACCCCCAGCCUCCCUCGCCAUCCCACCCCCGCCGCCCCCCGCCGGCCACUGCGCUCAAGAACCGAGAUUGA